AUGUCUUCGCCAACACGUCUUACCACUUGGCUCGUCACUGGCGCCUCUCGCGGUAUCGGCCUAGAGCUAGUUAGGCAACUCCUCGAGUCCCCGGCAAAUCUCGUCGUCGCCGCGUGCCGUACCCCGGAGACUGCGACAACCUUGGGGGAGCUCAAUGCGACAGCUAAGGGGACCCUGCACACCGUGAAGCUAGACGUCAGCGACUCUGACAAUGUCCAAGCUUCCGCGAAGGAGCUGGAGCCCAUUCUCGGGGAAACCGGCCUCGACUAUCUCAUCAACAACGCAGGCAUUGCCGAAGGAGGAAAUGCGUUCGCCUUAAACCCGGACGUCCUGAUGCGUACGUUCCGCACAAACGUCGUCGGCCCGGCGCUCGUCUCCCAGGCAUUCCUGCCGUUCCUCGAAAAGAGCGAGAAGAAGACGAUCCUCAACAUCUCAAGCUCCGGGGGUAGCCUCGCAAUCGCCGCUCAAGUUGGUACGCGGAACACGUCGUAUGCCAUGAGCAAGGCGGCUCUGAACAUGCUAACCUACAAGCAGAAGAUCGAGAGGCCGGACAUCACGUCGAUUACGAUGUGCCCCGGAUGGACGAAGACAGAUAUGGGCGGACAGGAUGCUAUGCUCGAGCCGAAAGAGAGUGUCGCAGGUAUCCUUAAGGUCAUCACCUCCGUUACUCCCGCGGACAGUGGCAAAUUCUUGCGCUACAACGGCGAGGAGGUUCCGUGGUAA